AUGAAGUUCUCUGCAGUCUUUUCUACCCUGCUGGUAGCCGGUCUGGCUGUCGCUGCUCCUCCUGCUCCACGCCCUACUGAUAUCCAACCUCACCACCACCCCAACCCUCCUCCUAAUUUUUCUCUUUCCAAGCCUCACUACAACAACAAGCGUGACAGCCCGGAGCCUCCUAAGGAUGAGACUACACCCGACGCUCCCAAGCCUGCGAACGAUCCUCAGCCCCAUGAUCAGCCCCAGCCCAUCCCUCAACUCCCAAAGGAUGCGCCCCUUCCCAGCGACGCUCAACCCCCACAGAAGCGCGGUGAUAUGCCUCAACCUCCCAAGGAUGAAUCCAAGCCCGACAAUGCGCCCAAACCCACAGAGGUCGACCCUCAACCUCACAAUCAACCCCAACCCAUGCCCCAACCUCCUAAGGACGGGCCCCUUCCCAGCGACCCGAAUCCCCCACAGAAGCGCGACGAUGGACCGAAGCCUCCUAAGAAUCCUCAGCCAAAACCUCAACCUCAGCCGAAGCCCCAGCCCAAGCCCAAGCCCCAGCCGAAGCCUCUCGAUGACAAGCCGCAGGAUCCGCCUAGGCCCAACUAG